UCCAAUCCGUCUCUCUCUCUCUCCGCACUAUCGGUAUUAUCUAAAAUUGCUCUUGCUUUUUCUUGCUCUACAACUUGAUUAUCGACUGCUUAUCAAUGGAGGGCGCGAUUCGGUGCGACGCCAACUACGUCCCUCUCAGUCCAAUCACCUUCUUGGAGCGCUCCGCCACAGUCUACGGCGACAGAGCCUCGAUUGUCUACGGUCACGUCCACUACACCUGGGCUCAGACCCUUCUGCGAUGCAAAAGACUCGCUUCUGCUCUUGCCCACUUGGGAGUUUCUCGAGGCCAUGUGGUUGCUGCACUCGCACCAAAUAUACCAGCAAUGUAUGAGCUACAUUUUGGUGUUCCAAUGGCAGGAGCUGUUCUCUGCACACUCAACACGCGCCACGAUUCCGCAAUGGUCUCUGUAUUGCUACAACAUUCUGAGGCCAAGAUCAUCUUUGUUGAUUACGAAUUCCUUCAAGUUGCUCAGGGAGCCAUUGAUAUCUUGUCCAAGAAAGGGUCCACCAAGCCUCCUCUUCUAGUCCUAAUUCAAGAAUCUGAUGGAUCAUCCCCGAAUACAACCAGCUCAUUUUCGGCUUCUUCUUCGAAUUUCGAAUAUGAGAGCCUCUUAUUAAUGGCACAACUUGAAUGCUUUGAGAUCAUAAGGCCAAAAGAUGAAUGGGAUCCCAUUUCACUGAAUUAUACUUCAGGCACUACAUCAAGUCCAAAAGGUGUCAUUUAUAGCCAUAGAGGCGCUUAUCUGAAUUCUUUAGCCGCGGUUCUUCUCAACGAGAUGAACUCGAUGCCGGUCUACUUGUGGUGCGUCCCCAUGUUUCAUUGCAAUGGUUGGUGCCUCACUUGGUCAGUUGCUGCUCAAGGUGGCACAAAUAUUUGUCAAAGGAAUGUCACCGCAAAAGGGAUUUUUGACUUAAUUCAUGGCCACAAAGUCACACACACAGGUGGCGCACCCACAGUCUUGAACAUGAUCAUAAACGCGCCAGCGAGCGACAAGAGGCCACUUCCACACAAGGUUUCUGUCAUGACUGGGGGCGCCCCACCGCCGCCACAAGUACUUUUCAAGAUGCAAGAGCUCGGAUUCAGUGUCACUCAUGCCUAUGGUCUAACCGAAACCUAUGGUCCUGGAACAAUCUGUAGUUGGAAACCCGAGUGGGAUUCGCUUCCCCGGGAUAUGCAGGCAAAGAUCAAGUCCAGGCAGGGUGUGCAGCAUCUUGGCAUGGAGGAAGUUGAUGUGAAAGACCCCGGUACGCUGAAAAGUGUACCGCCUGACGCGAAGACAAUUGGCGAGGUUAUGUUCAGAGGCAACACUGUGAUGAAUGGAUACUUGAGAGAUGCCAAAGCAACACAAGAGGCUUUUAAUGGCGGUUGGUAUAGAAGUGGGGACUUGGGGGUGAAGCACCCUGAUGGUUACAUCGAAUUGAAGGACCGGUCGAAGGAUAUCAUCAUCUCUGGAGGAGAAAACAUUAGCUCAAUUGAGGUGGAAUCUGUGCUUUAUAGUCAUCCAUCAGUUGUUGAGGCUGCAAUUGUGGCAAGGCCUGAUGAUCACUGGGGAGAGACGCCUUGUGCGUUUAUUAAGGUGAAGGAUGGUUGUGAUAAUGUCACUGCAGAGGAGAUUAUUGGUUUUGUUAAGAGUCAUUUACCGCAUUAUAUGGCUCCGCGGACUGUCAUUUUCGAGAAUGAUCUACCGAAGACUUCUACUGGGAAGGUGCAAAAGUUUGUUCUCAGAGAGAAGGCAAAGGCUAUGGGAAGCUUGUCAAAGAAGAAGAGUAACAUCAGCAAAUUGUAAGAACGGAAUUUGACUGUUCUACUUGAUGCCAAUAUGCAAUGUUAAUGUUGUAAGUAUUAUUUAUUGUAAUAUGUCCUUGUGCUUGUAUCCAAAGCCUUCAAACCCAUAAAGAAUUUGUUUGCCUGCUAUUAAUCUAUUACUCAUAAAAUUUCUUUGAUGAACUCCUUAUUUUGUC